CGUACAAAGUCAUUAUUAGGUUCGUCUAGGACACGCGUUAAGGUUCAUACUCCCGAUUUUUUUUCUUUACAGUGGAAACAAUCAAGUGAGGGAAGCAUGAUGCGGUUCGUGUUCAUCAUUUUAUGUAUCAAUUUGCUGCUGGGCUUCACCGAGGGCUCCAAGAGGCCUAGGUGCGACAAUGCAUACUGGUGGGAGAGCUUAGAUAGGGCCAAAUGGUCUGUUUGUCCCAAAACCAACACCUACCUCCGAGGAUUUUGGAGAAGUGCUUUUCAACGGGGAGACGAAAGAGUUGGACGCCUGGAAGAGGGAAGGUGCUGCGAUGCUGUGCUGCCCCUAUAUGCAGGCCAACCGGCAACGUGUUCAAAUACAGACUGGUCAGACAGGUUGAAUCGGUAUAACGUCUGGGCCCUUUGUCCUUCCGGUUAUUUCAUGAAUGGCCUCAGACUUGAUCGUUCUCUUCCCGCGUUUUUGAACAACAUAGCCGAGGCAAAAUGUUGCCGUCCACAGAACCAUCCCAGCAGUUCUGACGACUGUUACGAUGAAGAUGUUACCAUUUCAUUUGACAAAAAAGGGUGGAGUGAAUGCCAGAGGGACGGUUUUUACAUGACCGGUUUCUACAAGAGUGACUGUAAUAACCUCUAUUGUAUUGAGAAGUUCAGAUGUUGCAAGAUGAUCAAUGAGAGCAAAAAGGUGUUGGAAAAAAAAGAACUUUAUUUUAAUAUUGGCAGCAAUGAAGAGCUUCGAUGCUCAAUACAUAAUGAAACCAGUUAUGCAAGAUGGACCAUUAAUGGUCAAAAGCUUCAAACAGUAAACUCUACUUCUCAAAGAAUCAGGACUAAAGAAAAUGGUGAACUGUUCAUCGACAAAGUGCAGUUGUCUGAUGCAGGAUUAUACGAAUGCUACAGAUUGGAAUAUGUUCAGUAUUACAUUGUCUACGUUAAUGCGAAAUUUACUGACAACACGCUAGACCAACAAACCUUGACUGCAGGCACAUCUGGCAUUAUAAGCUGCGGUGCCCAAGGAGAACCAAGCCCACAGAUAUAUUGGAGGAAAAAAGGAGGAAACUCUUUCGACCACAGACGAUUCACUCAAGUAUCCAACGGCAGCCUACAUAUUAGCCCUGUAAAGCCUGAAGACAAUGGGACAUUCAUUUGUACAAGUAAACAAACUAAAGGAGCAAAGAGGGUCACAAGCAAUGAUAAAGACAUACUUGUGACAAUUAGAAGUGAGUAACCAAUAGGGGUAAUGUAAAGAAAUUCAGGCAAUUACAUCAGUUCGUAAAAAUUGAUUGUUAUCUAACCAAUUCAAGUUUAAAGCAUUCUCGCUGUCCAUAUUUGGAGCCAUGUGAGGUGAAACCAUAUCAUAGUUAUAUUGUUGAUUUUAGUUGUUUGAAAAAGGUAUCGUGUUAAAUAAUUAUAUUAGUCAACUCCGUAGGUUGAGUGUCAUAGCGCAAAGUAGUGCCUUUCGAUGAGAAUUAUAGUUUCUUUAUAACUGGCCAUGUGCUGAAGAAGACUUCGGCUGAUCAGCAUAGUGCGUUCUCUUUCUGUAUUAGGUAUAAUCGUUUGUCUAACGAUGCAGU